AUGAUCCCCAACCACGUGAGACAAAAUGAAUCCUUAUCCGGAGAGAUGAAAUCUCUUAAUCUUGAUGUCCCUGAAUAUAGCGGUGAUUUUCUGUCAAUGACGUAUUCACAGCUUGCGGAAGUCAAACAACUGAUAGAGACUAGUGUGGACCAUUUGUACACGCUCCUCAAUGUGACCUAUAAGUUUGAUAUGGACCUGCCGCUUGUCAUUGACGGAUUCCCCCGCAAUGAUGUGGAUGUCGUAACAGUGAGAUUGAUUCGCUCCAAAAUUAUACGAUUGAGAAACGACCACUCCGCUAUUUUGGGUCAGCUUCAGCUUCACUUGGUACAGCAGUUGAGUGGCAACAAGAAAUUAUCCACUGACGAAUUAGAAAAGCCCCACAAUGGUAAUUUCCGCAAUGAGGACUCCCGAAUUUCGAAGGUGUUUGCCGUCGUGAAAGGCGUCGAUCCAAAUGGUCCCGCAGCAAAAGCAGGCCUUCUUGUGGGAGAUAAAAUAAUCACAUUUGAUGAAAACAUAGACAUUCAAAACCAUGCCAAUCUUACAGCAGUGGCCAAGCGUGUAAAGGAGAAAGAAGACAUUCGUGUAUCUAUUGAAAUUCUCCGGGCGGCCAGCGUAGAAACGUUGCUGUUGGUGCCCACCGAAAAUUGGGCUGGCCGGGGGCUCCUUGGGUGUCAUAUAGUGCCGAUGUAA